UCCCUUUGCAUACACGUAUAGACUAUAUGCGUAUAAAAUAUAUUUGCCAAAUAAGAUAAUCAGUUAUUAUUCUGUAGACCUGAAGCACGAGUCUGUUUUGCUUUGUUAGAUACGAUUAAGUUUGAUAGAAUGAAAAUGAAACGUUUUACGAGUUGAUAACAAUUAGUGAGAUGUGUAUCCUAUUUUCAAGAAAAAUUGCUAGACAGUUAAAAACAACUUUGGCCAAAGUACGACUAAUAGAUGCAUGCGAGUGAAUUGAAAAGCAUAUACUUCGCGAUUACAAUCCAUGUCAAUCAAAGAUCCAUUUACAUUUAAUUGCCCGCCAAUUUAAUAUGCGUUUCAUAUUGCCAGCACGAUUUAAUUUAUGACGAUCUGUCGCGGUUGAGUUUAGUAAACACUCAUGGUGCACUUGUGUGACUGCUAUAAUCAGAUGGCAUGCGUGUGCGGGGAUUUUUAAAGGAAUUUAUCACAAGUAAAAUGCUGCAUUAUUGAUAAAUUUUACUCGCAGUAUAUCUGACACGUUCGACUGUACGUGGUUGAGUAAUUGUGGCGAAAGAAAUGUUUUUGUAGUGUAAUUGUUUGUAGGAAAGAGCAGAUUCAUAAACGUUAAUGUGCAUCUUUCUCUUAUAAAAAAGAAGCGAAACAAACAAAUACAUAUUUCUAAUUAAAGUGAUAAAAAGAUACUCUGAACGUAGUUCACUUAUUUGUUAUGAUAUAAGAAUUACUAUAAUACAGAAUUUAUAGCGUUGCUGCUAGAAUAAACUAAUAUUAAUACAACGUCAAAAUAUAUAAUUGCAAUAAAAAAUUUGUAAUUAUAUAAAGAAAAUAUAGUUGUUUACUUUAGAUAAAUUUUCUAUUAUAAUCUUUAAUGGAUUGGUAUAGGAAAUUUCAUAACAAAAGAUCCAUUGUUUUUACGGAUGAUGACUUAGAAACUGUUGCAGAGAGAAAAGAACGAUGGAGAAGCAUCUAUGUGAUCUACUUUACUAUGUUUCUGAUGUCUCUUGGGUUCAGUAUUGUAGUCACUGGAAUAUACCCAUAUCUUGACAAGUUGGAUAAUAAAGCAGGCAAAGAAUUCAUGGGAUACGUAGUUGCAGCUAAUCCUUUGGCACAAAUGUUAUUUUCACCUGUGAUAGGAUGGUGGGGAGACAAAAGAGGAUCGAUUAGAGUACCCCUUUUAGUAACAUUAGCUCUCUUUGUAUUCGCGUCAGGACUUUAUAGCAUUCUUGAAAUUUUACCAGGCGAUCAAAAAAUGUUUAUGUUUGCUGCUAGAUUCUUAGUUGGAGUUAGUUCAGCAAAUAUUGCAGUGGCACGGUCUUACCUCUCUGCAGCUACAAAAUUUGUAGAAAGAACGCAUGCAGUUUCUAUGGUAUCUCUCGCACAGGUACUAGGAUUUGUGGUAGGUCCUGGAUUACAAGCAGCAGUUACACCUCUUGGAGAGAAUGGUUUUUAUGUUAUGAAUUUGCCUGUUAAUAUGUAUAGUAUGACUGGUUGGAUAAAUGUUGUAAUGGGAGUUCUAAAUAUUGUUUUAUUUCUUCCAUGGAAUUUCAAGGAACGUAGGAUUGCUUUACGCGACGCUAUGCAAAAUGAAGGAAAAGCGACAGAAGAAGAGACGUUGAAGUCUGUAAAACCUGAUUAUGUAGCAUCUUGGACAUUAAUUUGUGCUUUUUUUGUCUUGACAUUUAAUUUCCUUCUUCUUGAAGCACUUGGUACUCCUUUAACUAUGGAGCAGUUUGCUUGGUCGAAAAAAGAAGCUUUGUAUUAUAUGGGUCUGUUGAUGAGUAUUGGUGGUAUUGUUUCUUCUAUCGUAUUUUGCAUAAUCAGUCCUUUAUGUAAAAGGUUCAAUGAACGUAAGGUGAUGAUGUGGGGUGGUUUUCUAUUUAUGCUAAUUGGCAAUAUAAUGUUCAUCCCGUGGGGCCCUGAUCCUCCACAAAUUGCUUAUGUAGACACGUCUAGUAACCGUACAAAAGAUACCAAUGCUACAGAAAUGUUAGGAUGUCCAAGUACUCAAGAAUGGUGUUCAUAUACACCUCAACUCACGGUCACGCAAUUUUUCAUUGGUUUCGGGUUCAUCACUAUUGGUUAUCCGUUAGGCAUAACUUUGAUACAAACUAUCUUUUGUAAGGUAUUAGGACCACGGCCACAAGGUGUAUGGAUGGGUUUUAUGACAGGUGCUGGAUGCGCAUCUCGUGGCUUAGGUCCAGUAUUUAUUACUAUGAUUUAUACACGUUUGGGAACAUAUUAUACGUUUGGUACUACCGGCUCAAUGUUAAUAUUAUGUAUGUUGUGGUUGCAAAUCGUGAACAAGCGUUUAGUUCCUCUACAAGCAAUUGCUUCAAAAGAUGAAGUAAAUCCCGAUGUUGAAAUUCCGUUGGUUCAUCGUCUAUCUAAUAACGCUCAAGAGUUAAACGAUGUACAAAAAAUAGAACUACAGAAUGUGAUAAAGUCUAACGAUAACCACAUUUGA